AUGAAGAAAAUCAUAUCAUUCUUUAGUUCUACCAGUAGUACUAGUGUUUCAUCAACCUCCUCCUCCUCUUCACCUAGCAGCAAGAGUGGUACAUCAUCAUCAGGAUCAACUGUAGCUUCUUCAGAUGAACAGAGAAAUGACUAUGAAAAUGCAAACUAUUUCAACUACUAUAGAUACAUUGAAAAGGAGUCAAAAGGUGGUGACAGAGCCAAGAGUGGUCUACAAUGCAAACGUGUCAUCCAACAACCAAACACUAUCCAAUCAACAAUCAAUCAAAACAAAUUCAAUCUAACUAGUGUAGAGAUUAAUUCUGUAUUGACUGAUACUUGUUCAGUAUCAACUUUUAAAAAGCAUUUUGUUAAUAAUUAUGAUUCCCCAGUUGAAGCAUUCUAUCAAUUACCAUUACCACCUCAAGCAUCGGUCAAUGGAUUCACAGUUGAAUUUGAUGGCCAAGUGUUACAUGGAGUGAUCAAGGAAAAGGAGGAGGCAUUCCAAGCAUACACUGACGCCAUUGCUAGUGGAGGACAAGCAUUCCUCGGUGAAAAGUCUGCCGACGGAUACUUUAGCAUGUCGAUUGGUAACUUGCCACCCAAAAAGGAUGUCAGCAUCACAUUGAACAUCAUCUCUGAGCUUGGCACUCAUUAUGACUCUCUCCACUUUUGUCUACAUCGUUUCCUCUUCCCAGACUAUUCAUUUGACUUUAAGGCCAAAUUGACUAUCAACCUAUCUUCACCCAUCCAACAGGUAGAAGUUUUAAACAAGGAAUACCAAAAGCAAAGCACAUUGACCUUUUCCGAGGACAAAAAGACUGCAACCUUUUCAACACACUUGCCACAAGGUCUACCAAACAACUAUGUAGUUGUCAUUGUACCACAUGCUACACCAGAACCAAAGGCAAUGAUUGAAUACAUUGAAAAGGACAAAUCACAUGCCGUUGCCCUUAGUUUCUACCCCUCUUAUAUUUUAGAUAAAACUCCAGAAGAUGAAUUAAAUCAAAAGAUGGAAUGUAUAUUUAUAGUUGAUAGAUCAGGAUCAAUGAGUGGAGAUAGAAUUCAAUCAUCAAAGUCGGCAUUACAAAUUAUAAUGAGAUCUUUGAAUGAAAAUACAAAGUUUAAUAUCGUGUCGUUUGGUACAUCGUUUGAGAAAUUGUUCCCAGAAUCAAGAGAUUACGAUGACACUAGUUUGACUGAAGCUAGUAAAUUGAUUGAAGGUAUGAGUGCCAAUAUGGGUGGCACUGAAUUGUUUGAGCCAAUCAAGGAUGUGCUCAAGGCACCGGCACUCCCAGACUACCCCAGACAAGUAUUUAUCCUCACCGAUGGUGCCGUCUCGCAACGUCAACAACUCGUCAAGUUUGUGGCAUCCGAGGCCAACACUACACGUAUCUUUACCUUUGGUAUUGGAGGUGGUGUCGACAAGGAGUUGGUGAUUGGUCUCAGCAAGGCGUGCAAGGGGUCCUACGAACUCAUCUCAGACUCUGCCAAUGACUUUGAAGAACGUGUCUUGUCACUACUCUCCAUUGCCAUGCAGCCAAUGCUCAGUAACGUCAAGAUCGACUGGGAAGGUGCCGGUCUCACCGGAGUCAUCCAAGCACCUCAAGACAUUAGACCAGUAUACAGCCGUGAACAUAUGAUUGUAUAUGCUUUGAUCGAUGACAAGGAGGGAAAGAACAACGACACCAUCACAAAGCAGGGAUCAGUUACUGUCAACUUGACUGGAAAUGGUCCAACUGGCACCAUUCUCACAUUCCCCAUCACUGUCAACUUUUCCGACCACGCUGUCAACGACAAGGAGCUCUUGCACUCGCUCGCUGCCUACCAACAUAUCCAAGACCUCGAAUCAUUGGAAACCAAGAAAUAUGAGAAUCACAAAGACAAGAUUGUUCAACUCGGCAAGCGAUUCACUCUUGUUUCCAAACACACCUCGUUUAUUGUCACUGCCGAAAGUGAUACGCCAACCGUCGACACCAUGGAACAAGUCAAUGUCCUCGACAAGCUACAAGCUACCGAGGGGCGAACUCUAGAAAGUUUAGCCCAUUUCUCUGAUACAAUGACUCCCAUCAGUUGCUCUGAGCCUCUUCAGUUGGAGCGUUGUUCUGCUCCAUCUAGAUCAAAGUCUGUCCAUUCGUCUCAAUCACAGCCAAUGGAAAAGAAGAGACAAUCAUCCUCGGGAAGAAGAGGGGAUAUAUCAUCGGCCUCCAAGAUCGACAUCAAUCCACUCAUUGAACUUUUGAGCCAACAAAAAGCCAAUGGAACUUGGAAUCAUUCCACCCUCAUUGAAGGCUUUUUCUUCCCAUCCCACGAACCAGCUCAAGGCGAAGACAAGGACAUCCACUCGACCAUUUUCGUCAUUGCCCUCAUCCAAUACAAAUUCGCCGAUAGAAAGGCCAAGUGGACAAUGGUUGUAAACAAAGCCCUAAGAUGGUUAAAACAACAACCAUGCUUUGUUAAAGAUCCAAGUGACCUAACUAAAAGACUUGAAGCUGCUUCUAGACUUGUAACUAAAAUGUAUUCUUAA